AGACUUCCGUCAGCUUCCGCUGGGUUAGUUCACAUGCCUGUAUGUUGGCGCGAGUGUUAGGCUGCUUGGUUUCUUUCAAACCUAAUUCCCCGGGGUUUAAUGAAUUAAAAUGACAAAGUCAAGGGGAUGUAGGAUCGAACUCGGUGAUGUCACGCCUCACAACAUCAACCAGUUGAAAAGAUUAAACCAAGUAGUUUUCCCGGUCAGCUACAACGACAAGUUUUACAAGGAUGUACUCGAAGCGGGAGAGCUCGCAAAAUUAGCCUACUACAAUGACAUCGUCGUCGGCGCGGUCUGCUGCCGGAUUGACACGUCAGAAAAUACGAGGCGCCUUUACAUCAUGACCCUGGGCUGCCUUGCGCCAUACAGAAGAUUAGGCAUCGGCACAACUAUGGUUCAGCACGUCCUAAAUUAUGUUAAAAAAGAUGGGAACUUCGACAGCAUAUUUCUGCACGUCCAGGUGAACAACGAGAGUGCCAUCGAGUUUUACAAGAAGUUUGGCUUCAAGAUUGUUGAGACCAAGGAGCACUACUAUAAGAGGAUAGAGCCAGCGGAUGCUCAUGUUCUGCAAAAGACACUCAGGCCGACAAAGACUUCGCUGCAGAACGGCGUGGCCUCGGACAAGGAGCGGUCCUAUCUUAUGCACAUUUUUGGCUAGGGUGGUGGCAAGAACAGCAUGUGCCAGCAUGUUGCACCGUGCUGGAACUGUUUUUUUCUACCAAAUGUUGCAGCAUUGUCUGCCGACGAGGAAUGUGCGCACAGUUGCCGUGCAAACAGUGAGCCUUCUGUGUGCCAUUCUGACCUGUGAAUAAAUGUGGCCUAGGAAUUUUUUAUGUGAAA